CGGAUAAAGUAAAUGAACUCAUUGGGCAUUGUAAAAGGGAGGCUAAUGCUCCACAAUAAUGGGCAUCAAAAUGCCUUCUUGGGAAUUGGGAUUCUCACUAUUGCUGAAUUUCAAGAUAUUGCAACACUUACUCUUCAUCAUUCUUCAAACAACAGUUUUCCUCUUUAUUUUCUCUUUCACCAGCGCAUUCUUUCACUUCCUACUCUCUCUCUCUCUCUCUCUCCAUCCCCACCAACCUUUUUGCCUCGUUUCUUCGCCUCCCCAUUGGUGGAUGAAAUGAUGGAUGCCUUCUUUUCCAUCUUUCUUUCUUUCUACUCGUUUCAGAAUUAAAGUUAGUGGGAGAAAAUACUUUGACGCUGCGAAGCUUUUACUUGGCGUUUUUUUGGGUUUGUGGGUAUUAUUAUUUUCUGGGUCACAUCUGAUUAGGGCUCCUAUCUAUUACCCAGAUGUUCUGCUUUUCGCUCCCUUUCUAAAGGUUGAGAUGGCUGCUGGGUAUAAUACCAACUUUCACCGGGAAGAUGCUUUAAGCUCUAUUAUGCACCGACAUGCCAUAUCUUUUCAGUCGGGGGCUGUGAAUAGCACGUCUGAGAUGAUUCCGAUUGGUCACUAUCAUGGGAUGAAUGCUAGUAAUGGGAACCUAAUGUAUUGUGAUAGUUCUAACACCAUUGGUAGUAGCAGUCCUAGCACAACAACAGCUGGUAAUUCAACUAGUUCUCUUCUUUUGGAUUCAGUUCCUGGGUUAAAUCAUGAUGCAAGUCUUGCUGUUGAGUGGACCGAGGAAGAACAAUUCAAGUUGGAGGAAGGUCUUGUAAAGUAUAAGGAUGAGCCUAGUAUCAUGAAGUAUAUCAAAAUUGCUGCCCUUUUGCGGGAUAAAACUGUACGCGAUGUUGCUCUUAGAUGUCGGUGGAUGACGAGAAAGCGGAAAAAACAAGAGGAAUAUCACUCAGGAAAAAAGGGUAAUUACAGAAAGGAUAAGUUCAUGGAAUCAUCUUCAAAGCGUAAUUUGCCUUCGACUUCUAUGCCUAGCACGAACAUGACUCCAUAUUCUCAUCAAUCAGACCAGAUGGACCAGAAGCAGCAUGUAAACUGCAAAGUUUUGACCAGCAAAGCAAAGCAGCUAUUGGAGCAGAAUGUUCAAACCUUAAAUCUAAUUAACAGUAACUUCUCAUUGUACAAGUUGCAGGAUAACAUUGACCUCCUCUGUCGUGCAAGAGACAACAUUAAUAAUAUUAAUACCAUGAUAAAUGACAUGAGAGAGCUUUCUGGAAAAAUUGGCCAGAUGCAAGAGCUUUCAUUAUGUAUUGAUCAAUAUCUCGCAGAUAGUCUUUUGCCACGUACAAAUUCGUAGAUAAGGAUGUUACCACCUAAGCUGGAGUCGAGAUGUUGAUAGAAGAUGAUUCUGAUUCUGAUUCUGAUUCUGCAGAGUGAACAACAUUUGAUUGUUAGUUAGUAGUUAGUAGUUAGUAGUUAGUAGUUAGUAGUUAGUAGUUAGUAGUGUAUAUUAGUUAGGAGUUAGGACAUUGACAUGGUAAUCUAAUUUUCCACUCUGAAAAAGAUGUAUCUAAUUAUUUAUUCGUUGCAGUCUGCAUGCAUUUGUAUUUUAUAUGAUGAAAGUUAACCACUUAAUUAGUUUUAGUUAGGCUUGAUUGUAUUUCAUUCUCAAAUCUCAAUACAACAAUGUGUUGUAAUUUCAACAAGUGUUCUGUUAGACAUAUCUAAACAUAUGGACUAAUUAUUAAAGGCUAAUACCCAAAUAUCCUAAUUAAU